AUUAAAUAUGCGAUUAUGAUAUAUUUGCAGAUGAAAUUCCUAUUCUCAGCGCUAUUUACCAUCUUGGCCAUCAUUGGCCUGGGUCAAUCUCACCAGUUCCCAGAUUUCGGCAAAGGUCCUCUUCAUGAAGAUCUUCAAGAUAUUCUCGAUUUACUCCCUAUGAAAAGAAUUGUUAGAGUUGUUAGGGAUUACUUGGCGCAUGAUCCUGAAGUACAAGAAGCUGUUAACUUUCUCACAACCACACCUGUACUCAGAAAUCUAUUGAUAGAUUUGGAGAAUAUUCCCGAAGUGACCAAUCUUCUUAAUUAUCUGCAAGAGGAAGGCGUCGAAAGCUACAACUUAAUAAAUCAGAUAAAUAGAGCCGUCGGAAUCAAGGAACUCGUACCACCAACAACACCAACACCUACACCUACACCUACACCUACACCUACAUCUUCAUCUACACCUACAUCUUCAUCUACACCUACACCUACAUCUUCAUCUACAUCUACACCUACACAUACACCUUCAUCUACACCUACCCCUACAGCUGAUCUGACACCUGAACCUACACCUGCCUCUUAUAAUGUAAUGAGGAGGAGAACCGGUGGACUCGCAGGAUUAUUCAAAGAUGUCAUGAACCUCUUGAAUUAUGACGACUUUAUUAGCCUAUACGUGGAUAAGCUGACAUAUUCCUCAGCCUUCAACAACUUGCUUAACGAACUCAGAUCCAACAGCCAACAGAUCGUUAACAGGCUUUCCGAAAGUGAGUCCUUCCAGAUCAUUGUAACAGGUCUCAAGAAUAGAAAUGUGAAUUUGAAGAUCGUAGCAGACGUCUUGUAUAUUGUUCUCGGUGUUACUAUACCAGGCCGUCCUAAAACAUUAGAGGAAGAGUUUGUUGACUUCGUGAAGCUUCUUCCAUUGGAACAGAUUUCUGACCUAAUACUCAAGUAUGUAAACGAAGAUGAAAGAGUACAAAACGCUCUCCUUUUCAUGUUCAAACCCGAAUUCCAUGACCUGUUACGCGCUGUCGAAACUCUUCAGGAAUAUCAGGAAUUAGUAGUAUUCCUCCAAAAUGCUGGAGUCCAUGUUAUUGAAAACAUCCAGGCAUUCCACAAAGCCAUCGGUAUGGAGGAUUAUGUGCCCCCUAAAAUAGAAAGCUUCCUUAAAUCUCAAAUUAAAAAGCAAGAGGUCGGCGGCGGAAUGACAGCAAUGCUCUGGGAUAUUUAUGUUUUGCUACCCUUUGAAGGGAUCGAUGCUCUUUUUCAGGAAAAAAUGAAUACUUCCAGAGUCUUUGCUAAGUUUGCCUCACAGGUUUUAUCCCCGGAAUUUAAAAACAUUCUCGAUGCUCUGCUUGAUAAUGGGAUCUUCCAGGAAUUUAUCUUACAAAGCUAUAAACAGGGAUUGGAUUUAACAGGGCUCUGGGUAGUUAGUAACAGAAUGAUUGGCCUUAAACUUGUUUAGCAUUUUAAACAUUCACUAUUUGUAAUU